CUUUCCGCUCAUUCCAUCGACAGACGUCGUCGCGAGCGCUGUAGGUUCUGCGCUUCGGUUGUUCAGAGCGAUUGAAAGAGCAAUAGAGAUUCUGGCAACAUUCUACAGUACGGGCUUGUAUAUGUGUUUGUGUGUGCGGCGGUGAAUAAACGGGGAAUCUGUCUUUGAUGGCGAAAGUAUUAAAGUGUUACUUUAAGUAAAGUAGUCAACAACGCCACAUCGAAUGAAACGUUUUCUUGUGGACACUUACAUUUGUGUUGUGCGAAAAUUAGGUAAGGUACCGGUGAAACGUUGGGUAGCUUUGUUCGCCCCUCUGUACCGUGUGUGAAAGUGUGCGUGAGUGCGGCUGUCAAAAGACUCAGCAAAGCGGCGACAGUGGCAGCAGCAGCAGCAGCAGCUACAGCAGUAGCAGCAGAGACGGUGACGACGGAUAAGCGGUUCUUUACCUAAAUUUCAGAGUUCCAUAAUUGUUUGCCACAGUGUCGCCAUUUUCGACCUGCUCACUGUGCAAAAAUGGAAGUGGAUCAAGCGUCGGGUGUUUUGCACUCAAUUCUAACCGCCGAAGAGAUGCAGGCGAUCGGGGAAGCAUCGAUAAAGAAGAUCGAAGAUGCGUGCGAGAAAAAAUUUGAGGAAUUCCUCAUGGCUAAGGCACUGUGUGAAACAACAAAGACUGAUUUAGAAAUCAUGAAAACCGAUUACGAGCGAAAAAUUGAAGAGCUGUCGCUGAAGGCGGAAGAUGAAUCGGCCAAAUAUCAUUCCUCGCAGCUGAGCGUAAAGGAGAUGCGCAUAGAGCUGGAAGAUGUAAAGCAGGAGCUUAUAAAGGCAAAGGAAAAGCUGUCCACGAACGAAAUCGAAAACGACCGAUUCCGGAAGGAGCGUAACCAAGCGCUGGCCGAACGCGACACGAUGGACAGUGCACUCAAGCGCAAAGAGCUGGAGGUGGACAGGUUACACUACGAUGUGCUGGAGCUGGAGAAGAAAAUCAAAUCUGCCAACGCGGCGAAAUGCGAAGCACUAACCAAAUUGGAGGAGAUUGUUAGCAAAGAGCACAGCCUCGAGUUUAAGGAAAAGCGCAUGGAUCAGGAGCUGUCGAUGCGCGACAGUCAAAUCGCCCGGUUGACGCAGGACCUCGAUCAGACGCUGCGCGAACUGCAAUCGAUUCGACGCGAUCAAAACAUCAAGUCGCUCACGAUGGAAGCAAAGGUAGCGGAGAAGAGUGAAGAGCUGAAGAUUGCGAACCAAACCAAUUCCUUCCUGUCGGAGCAGAACGUGGAACUGUCGGCGAAGGUAGAGGAAUUGGCAACCAAAAACAUGAAGCUGAGCAACGAAAUGUCCACCAUGAUGGAGCACUACCGCAAAGAGCUGGAUUCACAAAACCGGCUGUGCGAGCUGCUGCAACAGGACAAGCACGAUCACAUGCAGCAAACGAAGGAACUCGAGUCCGCCAUCACUGCCCUGCGUCAGAUGCUGAACGAGGCAACCGAAUCGUGCGGUGUGAUAGAAACGGAGAAGAAGCAGCUCGAGCUGCAGCACGCCGACGAGCUGGCGAACCGUGAUAAGACCAUCAGUGACCUGCGCGAUGAGCUGAAACAUGCCAACGAGCUGUUGGCCGAGGCCCGCGACGAAAACAUCGAGCACGCGGUCGAAAAGCUUGCACCGUCCGCGGUUGCUACGAGCCGGAUGCUAAAGACGGGCAUGUCCUCGACGGAGGUGUACACGCUGUAUGUGCGCACCAUGGAGAAGUUGCAGCAGGAGGAGAAGGAGCACGAAAAGCUGAAACUGCAGACACAGAACAUCCUGCAGGAGCUGGAGCAGAGCGCACCGGAAAUUCUGAGACAGCAAACCGAGAACCAAAACCUGAAGGAAGCGAACGAGGAGAUCACGCUGCAGCUUAACAGUAUGAUUGCCCAGAGCGCGGAGCUGCACGCCGAAAUUUCGGCCCUACGGAACAAGCUGCGCGUAAUUGAUGGAGAGAACAAAAACUUCCGUCAAGAGCGAGCCGAUCUUAGCCGACAGGUGUGCCACCUGUUGAACGAGAUCGAAAAGAUGCAACACGGGGUAGUUUCGCACGAUGCCGAUCAUUCGUUUGCCAGCAAUUCCAACGAUCUCAUCUCCAAGAAGAUGGUGACGUUUAGUAAUAUCCAGGAGCUGCAAGACAAUAACGUGCGGUUGCUGCUCGUUGUGCGAGAUUUCAGCGCCAAGUUGGAAGAAAUGGAAAAGAUUCAAAAUUCCAUGAACGCGGCAACGUACGAGGCAAAGCUGGAGGCUUGCAAUAAUCGCAUUCUCGAGCUGAAGGACACGGUGGACAAACACCGCCAUUUGCUGGAGCAGUGCAGUCAGCAGCGUGAUCGGUACCAGAAAAUGUACCAUGACGCGAUGCGAAGCUACAAUCCCGGGUACACGUCGGCCAGCAUGAACGGAGGCAAUCAGCAGAGCGACACGCUAAUGGACGGGCUGGACAGUGCGCCGCUGGCUAACAGUACUACAGCAAACGAAACGAACGGUAACAGCGGCAGCGGUUUGGCAGCGGUUGUGGCUGAAAAGGAUCGCAAGCUCGCCGAACUGGAAGCCAAACAGCAGGAGUUGCAGCGCGAGCUGAGUGUGGUGAAGCAGGAGUAUGAGGCGUAUCGCCGCGAGAAGCUCUCGAACGACGCUCUGAUCAACGAGCAAAUCGAUAAGAUGCGCACCGAAAUCCGAGAACUGUCAGCCAACAACGUUAAGCUGGUGGGAACGAAUGAGUUUAACGCGGAGCAGAAUCGUCUCAUCUCGAAGAACAUCACCACGUACAAAAGCCAAAUAACGGCGCUUGAAGAACGCAACCGUAAUUAUGAAGGCACGAUUGCGAAGCAUGAGGCAUCCAUCAUGUACUUGAAGGAGGAGGCGAUGAGCGCGCAAACCAAGCUUGCCCGCGCCGAGGUGCAGCUGGAAAAUUUGAAACAGGAGUGUCGAAUUCUGAAGGAUAGCGAAACACGGCUACGCACGGAGCGGGAAAUUUUGAACCGCGAGCGCUGCAACCAGAACCUGCUGCUGAACAAUCUCGAAAUGAUCAAGGUCAGCAUGGAGCGCUCGGAGAACGAGGGUCGAUUGCGGCUAGAGUCCCGCCUGGAUGAAACAUCGCGCGAAUGUUCGGCCCUGCGGCGCCGGUUGCAGGAGGAGCAGGAUCUUUACCGCGAGCAGAUGGCCUGCCUGCAGCGCCAGGUGGAAACGGCGCAAAAGCGGAUGGAGGAAGAGAUCGCGAUCGCCGAGGGACAUCAGGCCGAACUGCGCGAUACGCGCAACGAGCUGGAAAUCAAGACGCGCAAGAUCGACGAUCUUCAGCGCAAGCUGCAGGAAUCGCUAUCUCCGAACGACGAGGACAAUCCGGUAACGCAGGCGAAGCGAAAGAUACGCGAGCUGGAAAACAGUCUGGCCGAGGGUGCGGUCGAGAUUAGUUCGCUCCAGGCGCAGCUGGAAACGGCACAGGAGCAUGUUAAAAAGUAUGCCGAACUGUCCGAGUCGACGGUCAAGGAGCUCCGGGACGUGACGGAGCUAAGCAAUCAGCAGAAGGAGACGAGCGAGAAGGAGCUGGCAGAGCUGCGCAAGAGCGAAGCGGAUCUACGCACCCAGGUCGAUGAGCUGAAGACGGAAUUGUCGUUGAAAAUUACCGGCGCGAAGCUGACCACGGGCGAUAAGGAUACCGAGCUGCACAAGGUGCAGCUGGAGCUGAAGGCUACGCUGGAGAAGGUGGCCGACCAAGCGCGUGAAAUGCGCGAGAUCCGCGAAAAUUGCAAUGCUUUGGCAGAAAAGCUGCACGAAGCGGAGCACAAGUACGCGCGCGAAAUGAUGGAACAUUCCAGCGACAUCCAGCAGCUGGCCCAGCUGAAGGAGGACAUGCAGCGCACGCAGGCCCAGUUCGAAGAGCUGCAGAAGCAACGUGACCAGGCGCAAGAGCAUCUGAAGACGGGCGAAGAGUGUUGGAGCUCGAGGGAAGAGAAGCUCCGUGCGGAAGUGUCCCAGCUGGAGGAGCAGCUUAGCAACCUGAACUCGCAGAACGCGGCCUUGCACGAUCAAAUCCAAAACCUCGGUACGCGGCUGUCGAUCAGUGCUGCGGCACAGAACCAAACGCUCCCAGAGACGGAAUCGACGAAUGCGGACCACUCUAUGAUUGGUGAAGAUUCUUCCAUCCUGAACCGGUCGCUGAACGACGAGGAGAAACACUCGGUCGAACAGUUGCUGCAGAUUAUUAAGUAUCUGCGCAAGGAGAAGGACAUUGCGGUCGCGCGCACGGACAUGCUACGCUCGGAGAACGUGCGCAUCCAGUCGGAGCUGAUGAUCUUGGAGAAGAAGUUCGAGGAAGUGCAGGCCGAGCUGAAGGAGAUGCGCGAGAAAACCGACACGGUCACCGUCACCGCGGCCAAGCACGAGGAAAUCUUGCGCAAGCUCGAUACCUACAACGCCAUCGUGGAUAGUAACCGCGUGCUGCGGGAGGAACGCGAUGGGCUUAAUCAGAAGGUUCGGGAGCUGUCCCAGCGCCUGCUCGACGCAGAAGAUAAGCUCUUCCCGCUGGAGGAGAAGGUGCAAGAACUGACGGUGAAGCUGGAAUCUUCCACCAACGAAAACACGACCCUGCGCAUGGAUGUUGCCCGGCAGCGGCAACGCAUGACGUCGCUGGUGGAACGGUCGUCGAAAAUCAAUUCCGACGACUGGAAGCGCAUGCAGACGGAGCGUGAAAACCUUGCCAAAAUGCUGGUGGCCGAAAAGGACUUGCUGAAGCACGCGAACGAAGAGCUGAACACGCACAAGGUCGAACGGGCGCGGCUCGAGGGAGAGCUCAGCUCGGUCACCAAGCAGCUGCAGGCCUGUAACGCGCAGGUGAAAAAGUUAACCGACGAUCUGGACGCAACAGCCGCCCAAACGGUCGAGCUGGAAGCGCUGAAGGCGAAGCUUAAGACGACCGAAGAACAGCUGGCGGAGGUGCGUAUCAAGGAGAGCCAGAUACGCAAGAUUGCCAAACGCUACAAGGACUCGUUCACCGAGCUGAAGCGACAAACGGAUGAGCGGGAAGGUACGGAUACGGCGGCGGGCGGUGCAAAUGUGUCGCGUGGCGCAACGCUCGAUACGUCCGCAACCGGGGGGGCAGCUGUUGGUGGUGCGGCCGGCAACGAGGAAAGUGCGGCGGACGUGGAAGAUAUGCGUAAGCAGGUCGAAACGGCCGCCGAAGAGAUCGAUACGCUGAAGAAGGAGAACGAGCUGCUGCGUGCCAAGCUGGAAAAGGCCGAGCGCAGCAUGGAUGUGGUGAAGGAUGCGAAGACGCGCAUUCUCGCGCUGACGGAGCAAAAGAACAGCGCGGCACGGGAGCUGAGCGCAGUGAAGGGUCAGCUGCAGCAGCAGCUGGAUCAGAUGCGCGAGGAGACGGAUCUGCUGAAGGCGCAGUACGAAGGGCGCGUGACGCGCUGCGAGAAGGAGAGUGCCGACGCGGACCGGGAAAGCAAGGACACAAUCAGCCGAUUGACGCGCGAAAACGAACAGCUCACGAUUCGCCUGAACCAGCUGAAUCGGCAGCUAGGAUUGCAGCAGGCGGUUGCUAAGCCAACCACCAGCGCUGUCGGGGCCGUCGGAGUGUCGGAAAAGCCGGCGGGCGAAAGUCCACGCACAGCGAACGUUAAGCCAAUGGCCGGACCAAGCCAGCAGCAGUCCGCUGCCGUGACGCCGCGCCGUGUAAGCGAAACGCCGCUUGCCAGCAUCCGGCCGAUGGCUGUCGGUAGCCGUACUGCUGCAGUGCUGCCAACGAGCCAAACGAGCAGCACGAACGUUGCAAUUGUGCAGGGCUCCUCCUCGGCAGCAUCGUCGGCGUCCUCUGUAUCAACCUCUCCGGCGCCCGGUGUCGGUGGUGUGUCGGCCGGGGCGUCCGCGAGCAAUAUUGCCGCCGCCAGCACUGCAUCAUCUGCCGGGGGAAGUAGCUCAUCGGGGGCGGGCAGCGCGGGUAGCAGCGGCGGAUCAACCAGCAGCGUGUCCGGUACGCCAUCUACCAGUGGCUUGACAACGGCGCUCGUUCCUCCGCAACAGCAGCAGGUGCACAGUAUGACAGCCACUAGCAGCAGCAGCAGCAGCAGCAGCAGCAACUCCGGCGUAUCCAAUGCACUCGCUUUGAACGAAUCGAUAACGGCGUCCUCCUCACCGACGAGCUCACACACGGACUACAUGCCCGCCACGAGCUCGGCCAGUGUCGCCGUCGCAGCAGUACCGCCGAUGGGUACGGCUUCGACCUCUACUGCCGAAAGCUCCUCCUCAUCAUCGUCCAGCACAUCGCCACAUGCCGAAGGAGAAGUUGCCGCACAGAUGGGUGCCACCAGCGAGCAGGCACUGCAGCAACAGCAACAGGUGCAGCAGGCCGCCGUUGCCAUGGUUAUGCCUCACGUGGAAGGUGGCGUCGCCCAGCAACAGCCACAGCAACCAUCACAACCGCUUCUCUCACAGCAACAACAGCCAUCGACCGUGCAGUUGCAACCCCUGCAACAGCAGCAACAACAGCAGCAACAGCAGCAGCAGCAAUCGACUCCGCAAGCCUCUUCCAGCAACACCGUAACCACUACGCAGGCUGGCCACAAGCGUCCCCGUGACGUGGAAGGCGACAGCUCCACCGAUAAUGCUGGGCAACAGUUGACCAUUAAGCCGACACCAGCAAAGAAACGUGUUCGGAUGGUGCAAGUAACAGUGGAUGGUUUCCAGGGUGUGAGUGAAUCCGGUUUGGAUGUGGAGUAUCAGGUGCCAACAUCGUCCCAGCGCGACCAGGAGGACGACAUCAUCGUGGUCGAUUCGGAGGAGGACGAUGACGACGACGAGGAAGACGAUGACGAGGAGGAGGACGUUGGUAUGGCGGACGAAGGUACGGCCGAAGCGGACGAUGGCCCGUUCGAUGGGUACGAAACGGAGGAGCUGGGUGUGGCGGGCGGUGUCGGUGCCUACGACGAGGGCGAAGGUCCCGACAUCGACGAGGACAACAACAUCCAGUCCGCGAACAAUGAGGUCGAUGUGGAUGAGGACAAUGAGGUACCGAAUCCGUGCGGUACGACCUCCACCACGUCCACGUCCACCUCGUCCACCUCCUCGUCCACGCUGCUGUCGGGCAAGCAGAUGAUGGCGGGUGGUCCGCAUGCCGCAACAGCGAUGGACACGACGGAAGAUGUAGAGACGAGUAGUACGAGCGGCAGCACAACCGUGCCCGCUGCAGCAGGUGGCAGCUCUGUUGCCGUUCCCGGUCCUUCCACAUCGAUGCAGUCGUCGUCGACCUCAUCUUCCGUGGUGGAGAGUGGUGCGAGCACUAGCUCCAACGUCGGUGGCAAUGUCUCGAACGAUGCACAGCAACUGCCACAGAUACAAAGUACUACCGGUGGUGGUACUAGUCACAAUGAAGCUUCCACCGGCCAACAAUCGUCUUCCUCGUCGUCGUCGUCCUCCACCUCCGCGGCAGCACUGCCCUCGACGGCUGCCGCUUCAUCCUCGGGCACGGGGACUGCAUCCUCGGGCCAAAUGGCGGGAGGCGCGGCAGCAGUCGGUAGUGGUGGUGGUGUUUCCGCCGCACGACAGGUAGUGAAUCCGCUGAGCCGUCAGCAGCAGCAGGCGACACACCUGAUACUGAUGCAGCAGAGCUACGAGCAUCAUGAAAGUGGUGACGAUCGCAUCGUACCGAGCACACCGACACUGUACGCUCCUCGCCGGACAGAUGGGUUCAGCGUAGGUUCGCCACAUCCCCAGGUGCCCACCGCACGGUUCACGUUCAGCGAAACCAGCCGCCAGUCGGUCGGUGUGGUGCCGACAAGUGGUGCCGGUGGGGUGGGUCCAGCCGGCAGUGUCGGUCUGCCGGAAGGCAUCGAUGACACUAGGAUUGAUCUCUCCCAGCUGGACGAAACAGCAGCGGCAACCGGUGGCAGUAGUGGCGGUGGACGCAGUGUUCCGACAACACCUCAGCACACCACCACCACCACCACCACACAUUCCGAACAUAUCACAAUGGGAGGAGGGCUGGCCGUUGCCGGUCCAUCGUCCAACGUUGGUGUGUCGGGCAAUAUCGAGCGUGCGGCUUCCGGCGAAAGCCAGGUCCCCGAUAUACUCGUUUCAGCAGUCAGCAUCGGUGAUGGCUAUAUCCCGGAGUCGACUACCAGCUAUUCCUCGGAAGCGUUGGCCUCGACUGAUGCCGCCCUCGGUUCGGACGCUCUCGAUCGCAGUGAACGCGAACUGCUCGAGGAAGAUGAGGACGAUCUCGUCGACGACGGUGUGGUGGAAGGGGACGGUGCGCAUGCAUUGGACGCGGAAACAAACGACGCUGAUGAGGGCGGCUCACGAACGGCCGUUUCCGAGACGACAACGGCGGCCCCAACUACUUCCGGCACGGUAGAAACUGUGACGCCGGGCGCUUCAACGCGACCGGCUCAGGCGGCUGCUUCGCGCACUAACAACGAGGCCGACACCGGAACCGGUGACGAUCGCAUCAGUUCCGAAGGAGAAACGCUCACAACCACAUCGCGGCCUAUGGAGGAAAGCAGCGAGGCGGAAGUGUUGGAAGCUCCCAGCAGCAAUACGCGUUCGCGUACCUCCAGCACACCGCGUGUGGCCACCAAUGUUGGUGGACGUCAUGGCCGACGCUACGGUCACCGCGGUGCUAACCGAACCCCUAUCACGUGGAAUGAAGGAAGAGCAUCCUCGCUCAACCGUUCCGGCUCACAAAAUGUAGGAUCUCAACAUUACCAGCCGCCCCACAUGCAGCAACAGCAACAGCAGCAGCAACAGCAACAACAGCAACAACCGCAUCAACAAUCGCGCCGCGCAAAUUCCCGAUCCCGCGGAAGACGCAUGAACCCGUAUCGUUAUCAAUAGUAGGCGUGCUGUGCGAUCGCUCAGCUAUCUAGGAGAGGUAUGCAACAAACCAAUAUUCAUUAGGAGGUCCUCUUGUCUCUAUAGCUAUAUGGAGCACCGGCUAAUGUUCGCAGUGUGCGAAGUUUGUAAAAGACAAAUCUCACAGAGUCGUAAAAUGAUGGGCAUUUGGUUCCAACAUUAUUAUUAUUAUUACUUUCCGUGUUGAUAUGCAUUUUCCCCCCAGUAUAAUAUACGCUGAAACGGAACGCAACUUCUAACGCAGAAGAUUUGAAUGAUUGCGUUUGCUUUAAUAUACUGUAGCAUCAUACAGCAUUUUAUGUAUAAAGAAACAAACCUUAACAAGCUAA